GGACAACCAACCUCGGAGCAUAACAUCUAGUUGUGCUUGUGACACCUGACAGUAUUUUUCGUGAAUAUUGUUUACCGAAUAUAUAUAUUUUUUUAAAUUGUUGUGUGACUCCAUGGGCAACUCACCCUCUCCACAUUUUUUUCCCCUUUUUUUUUUAUCUAAUCAGCAGUUGACUGAUUGGUUUUGAAUUUUAAUCAGUGAUUUGUGCAGCUGUGAACGUGAAGUGACUUGUUUUCAGUAUUAUACCGAGAGUUACAGCCGCAUGAUAUCGGCUCAGUGAUAUUUUCAACGUGAUUAUUUAUAUUUGUUGGUAAACAACGGAUUUAAGGGGAAUUGUUGACCAACGGCGGUAAAAUUGAGCUGGAUUUGCAACGCGCCGCCGGCAACUUUAUAAGAGCCGGCGGACACAUGUGCGACGGUGGUGUUUUCCAGGAUUCACUGAGGGGCAUGCAGUGCUUGAGUGUUGCAACACCACCAGGUAGUGUUGAAGUUGGACCAAUGGCUGUUGCACUUGCCAAUCCACCUCAGUCCACCAAAAAACCACCCAGCGAACACAUCAAAAGGCCCAUGAAUGCAUUUAUGGUGUGGUCACGACUUCAACGGAGAAAAAUAGCCCAGGACAACCCCAAGAUGCACAACAGUGAAAUAUCAAAACAACUCGGAGCGAAAUGGAAAUGUCUACCGGAGAAUGAGAAACGCCCAUUCAUCGACGAAGCUAAGAGAUUACGUGCAGAGCACAUGAAGUUACAUCCGGAAUACAAAUAUCGACCUCGACGCAAACCAAAGACAUUGAGAAAAGAGGGUUAUCCUUACAGUAUUCCAUACGCAAGUGUCUCGAUGGAUGCACUGAGAGUCGGUAUAGCUGGUGGGAUGGGACAGGUGAGUAUGAGUUCUUACUACGGACCAGCAGCCUAUGGAUCACUUUCGGCAGCGGGUAUGGCUGCUGCUGCGGCUGCGGCUGCCCAACAGUCAGCAGCAGCAAUGCCUGGCCUCGGGGCACCUGGCCAGGUGGUAAGCUCCAUGGAUGCUAUGAAAUAUUCAUUGGCAGAGGCUGAAAAAUAUCGUGCAGCUGCUUACAUGCCUCCGAGUACUCUAGCAAUGAGUAUGUAUCCAGAUCCAAAGAGUCUUGACUCAAGUCCAAAAUACUGGGAUCGUGGAUAUCUCGAGGCUAAAACAUACUUUGAACAAUCUAAAUUGUACAUGGAUCAGAAAUCAAUUGGUGAUUACAAUCACACGAGUUAUGAAUCCAAUAAAUUGUACGAGGACUCGAGUCCUGGUGGUGGACCAGUGAGAACACCGCCGACGGCUGAUUCACCGGAUGUUCUUAGACAUCACAAUACAACUGACAGGACAACUGAGCAACACAAUUCGUCAAGUGCAAGCACAACAUCAACACCAACGUCUUCAGCUGCCAGUCCUGGUGCUAGUUUACCAGCUUAUUAUCCGGGUAGUGUUCAAGCCACUGGAUUGUUAGCAUCACAAUAUGCUGGUUAUCAAUCUACAACAACACCUGGUAAUGAACCAUCGUUUAGGCGACCACUCACCGUCAUCUUCUGACCCGAUAGGCCGUAGCUCCAAUCAAUCGUAAGCAAAUAUCAAUCACCAAUUUAUCCACCUUGAGAUAUUAUUAAGAGCAACGUACAAACACAUCAUUAACGCGGAGAUUAAUUUCUAUUGGAAUUGAAUGAAAAAUUAAUCUUUCGUAGAAAUUCUUCUUCCGUCCAUCGACACUUUUAUUUUUUUUUCUUUUUUUCUUGUUUCUUUUUUUUUUGCUGCGCUACUCUGUCGCUACCCUGUGCUGCUAAAUAAUUGUUAUAACCGUGCAUUAGCACUAAAUAAUAAAUGAAGAGAUGUUUGAAUGAGUCAACUGAAUAAAAUCCAGGGAUAAUGUCGGCCAGAGUUUGUAAUUGUCGAUCAACUGCUGCGCAAAUUAAGAUAUUAAUUUAUCCACCCCAUCCCACCCCCCAGACAACAUCACAAUUAUUAAUUCAUCGAGUCAUUAUUGAUUAUUGUUUAAAUCUUCUAUUCAUCACACUCGUUAUCGUCGAUAUUUCGUUGACGCGUUUUGUUAAUUUUAAACAUUUAAUGAUUAUUUACGAGAAUUGUGGAUUUUAAUGAAUCAUUGGAUGUGUAAUCCGCUCGUCACUGUGAAUUUCAAAAAAUAAAGAAAAACAAUCGAGUGAUCCACCAUGGAGGCACUCAUUGUCAACGACAACGUUACGUCAUUGUAUAAACAAUUAGGCAACAUUAUAUUUGUAAUUGUUAACAAUUAUCAUAGUCAUUAAGGUUAAAUAACAAAAUGAAACUGUAUUGUAAUAGAUAGAGUACCCUAACUGGAGCCAUCAUAUUGUAUUUGAAAAAAAAAAUGAAGAAUAAUCCAUAAUUAUUG